CAAAACCCACCGUCGCAGCUCUCCCGGUUCCUCCUCCUCCUCCUCCUCCUCCUCUCUUCCUCCUCCUCCUUCUCUCUCUCUCGGGUGUGCGCGACGCCUCAUAAUUCUCUACCUUUCCCACUCCGACCUAGGGUUUCCACGAAACCCCCAUCAAAACCCUAACCCUCUUGUCCCCCCAUCACUAACCGCCCCUCCAACACAAAAAAUGUCCGAUCCCGAGAUACCCUCGUGGUUGAGGAGCCUCCCCCGCGCGCCCGAGUAUCGCCCCACGGAGACGGAGUUCGCCGACCCCAUCGCGUUCAUCUCCCGCAUCGAGCGCGAGGCCGCUGCCUUCGGCAUCUGCAAGGUCAUCCCUCCCUUGCCCAAACCCUCCAAGAGGUUCGUCCUCGCCAACCUCAACCGCUCCCUCUCCAAGUCCCCCGACCUCUCCUCCUCCGCCGCCGCCGCCGCACCCACUACUAGGCACCAGGAGCUCGGGACCCGCCGCGCCCGGACCCCGGUGCCGUUCCACAAGCAGGUCUGGCAGAGCGGCGAGCUCUACUCCGUCGAGCAGUUCGAGGCCAAGUCGAAGGCUUUUGCCCGAGCCCAGCUCGGCGGAUUCAAAGAAGUCACCCCGUUGCUCGUCGAGAGCCUUUUCUGGAAAGCAGCUGCAGAGAAACCCAUCUAUGUCGAGUAUGCCAACGAUGUCCCCGGUUCGGGCUUUGCCGCCCCUGAGGAGCCCUUUAAAUAUUACACUUAUCGCAGGAGGCGGCGGAAGAGAGAGUUUCAUCAGGAGAAAAUUCAAGAACCCAUGUGCCCGCUACCAGUAGGAAGUGAUGUGGAGAGCACAGGCAGCGCGGGGUGGAAGCUCUCGAACAGCCCAUGGAAUCUUCAGGUAAUCGCACGGUCGCCCGGCUCACUCACCCGGUUCAUGCCGGACGAAGUGCCGGGCGUGACCUCCCCGAUGGUUUACAUCGCAAUGCUGUUCAGCUGGUUUGCAUGGCAUGUGGAGGAUCACGAGCUGCACAGCUUGAACUUCCUCCACAUGGGCGCACCGAAGACUUGGUAUGCGAUUCCUGGUGAUCAUGCUGCUGCCUUGGAAGAGAUUGUUCGCGUUCAGGGAUACGGCGGGAAUGUCGACCGGCUCGCGGCUCUUGCUAUGUUGGGGGGGAAGACGACAUUGUUAUCUCCAGAAGUUCUAGUGGCUUCAGGGAUACCCUGCUGUAGAUUAGUGCAGAAUCCGGGGGAGUUUGUUGUGACAUUUCCCAGGGCAUAUCAUAUUGGAUUCAGCCAUGGAUUUAAUUGUGGUGAAGCCGCAAACUUUGCAACUCCUCAAUGGUUGAAGUUUGCAAAAGAUGCUGCAGUACGAAGGGCUGCCAUGAAUUAUCUACCAAUGCUCUCUCAUCAGCAGCUGUUAUAUAUGUUAACUGUUUCUUUUAUCUCUAGAGUACCUGGAGAACUAUUGCCUGGCGUUCGGACAUCACGCUUGAGAGAUCGUAAGAAAGAAGAGAGAGAAUUUCUUAUCAAAAGAGCAUUUUUGCAUGAUAUGAUGAAUGAAAACCAGUUGUUGUGUUCCCUUCAUGCAAAAGAAUCGACUAUGGGUGCAGUUCUAUGGGAGCCUGACCUGUUACCUUCUUCAUGUCUUGUACCCCAUGAGAGGAUGGUUGAUGGUGAUUCUGCAAUGGAAAUGAUUCAAUGUAAGCUCAAAAAUAGCAAACCUUUAGAGAAUGUUCAUGAAGGGACUGACCAUUUAGCUAGCAUACAGUCUCAGAAUAUUUUAUCUGUUAAGACACAGAUCAAUGCUUGUGAUGCUGAAUGCUCGAAUUCUAAGGAGGAAACAAUUAAUUAUGAAGAUGCUGAGGGGGAGGCUGAUGAGGAGGAUUUACCUUUUGGUUUGAGAAUCGAUUCGGGGUCACUAGCAUGUGUUGCCUGCGGUAUUCUUGGCUAUCCAUUCAUGGCCAUUUUACAACCUUCUGAAAAAGCAUUGAACGGGCUUUCUCCUGUAAAUUGUGAAGAGUCUACUCAAAAGAUUGAAGUAUCAGAGUGUACAAGUCAACCUUCACUUGCUAGCAUCAUUAAAAAGUUUGAUUCAGCCAAAGAAUCAUCAUUAAACCAUGUAGAGGCGCGAGACCAGGAGACUUCUGAUGGGGACAAAGCUAGAAUAGGUCAUCAAUCUCUAGAAGGAAACACUUGUAGAAUUAGUAGUUCACAAAUUGACUCGCCAGAUGGUAGGAAACAAGGAUGCAGCACUGCUAUAUUCGAGCAUCCAAUAAAUCAGCUGAGCCAUCAAAAUGAUAGCAGUUCUCCGUCCAGAAUAGGAAUUGUGAGCACUGAAGAUGAUAUUUCUAACAUGAAUAUUUCUGGUGAAAAGGCACAGACAGAUGCAGACAGGCUGCUUGGUGCCGGAGUGGGACAAUGUGAUGAGGUUACAAAGUGGAACACGCAUAAUGGAUUUUUAAGGCCUCGAAUCUUUUGCUUGCAACAUGCUCUUGAGAUUGAGGAGUUGUUGCAAAGUAAAGGCAGUGCACAUGUUUUAAUUAUCUGUCAUUCAGAUUAUCUCACAAUAAAAGCACUUGCCAUGUCGAUUGCUGAGGAAAUUGAUGUCCAGCUUGAUUGUGAAGACAUUCCUUUGCAGAAUGCAUCUCCAUCUGAUAUGCAUUUGAUUAAUAUUUCAAUCGAUGACGAAGAGCAUGAAGAAGAUGGCAAAGAUUGGUCAUCAAGUUUGGGUGUGAACCUACAGUAUCGUGCCAAGCUCAGAAAGCAGUCAUCAGCAAAAGAACAGCUUGCACUCUCUCUUGGGGGAAUAUUUUCUGACCCUGCUCCUGUUUCAGUUGUUUCUAAUCUCAAGUGGCUCUGCAAAAAAUCCCGCACGCCGUGUAAGGUAGUUGGUACAAGCCUGCCUAGAUCUCACCUCCAUAAAGAUACUAAUAAGUUUGGUCGUUCGCAUUGUUAUUAUGAAAAUGUAGAUGAGGAAAACAUGAACAAUUUGUAUGCUGUCCCUAUUACUAUUGCCGAACAUCUGCAAAUAAAUCAACUCGGCUUGUCUGGACAAAGUGUUAGCAGUUCACAUGAGGUCACUCAUUCUUUAAAUUCACAGGGUUCGCCUGUUGACGACAAUACAGAUUUUGUGUCUGGUGGGGGAGAGUUAGAGAUCCAUUCGGAUAAGUCAGUUAAUACAGUCAGUCUUUCUAAUCCUAUGAGCUCAGAAUCUGAUAUAUCCUAUUACAACAUUCCAAUCUUGGCAAGGUUUGAUAUUCCUGAAAAGACCACUAAGGAAUAUAGCUUGAAUAGAAAACACGACAAUGUGGAGAAUUUAGAAGUUAAAGAAAAAACUAUGAGGUUAGAAGAUGAAAGCUUACAAGUUGAGGAAACUAAAAUUCUUGAUGAGAUGAAUUCUAAGCUUGAUGGGCCCCAAUCUGCAAAAUUAGAUUGUGAAUCUUCUUUAAGUGCUGUCUCUAUUGCAGAGAAUACACAAGAAAACUCAUGGGCCGAAAUUCCUGACUCAGAGGGUAACCAUGCUGAAACUUUGGUGCUAGAGGAGUCGUUAUCUGCCCCAGUAUUGUCAUUGAAUGCUUCUGAUAUCCUUCUUGAAGUUGUAGAUGAGGAACGACAGUGUGAUGCUGCACUUGCAAAAGAAAGUCUUGCUCUAGAUGAUGCUGCUCUGAAUGAAAUCCACCACUCUACAUUUAAAACCACAGUGGUUGACAAUGCUGAGGCGAAAGAUAACUCUGAAAUGCUGCAGAAAGCACAACUAACAAAUGUAGUGAAAGCGAGUACAGAGGUCUGUGCUUCUUUUGAAGCUGUUGUGAGAAGUGGGAAAGCGACUAGAGAUAUCAUACACUAUGUGAGACGCAAGAACAAACGAAAACGAGAAGAAGAGCAGCACAAAGGUGAUAGUUCAUACAGCUGUAUUGGCUUUAUACGCAGCCCAUGUGAAGGCUUGAGACCAAGGAGUGGGCGGAACAUACCCCUAGAGUCUGAUACCCCUGUAGUUCCGAAAAAAGUAAUGAAGGCAGUAAAGAAGCCUCAAAUUUCUACCGUUCAAGGAGGCAAAAACAGGGUAGAAGGGCAGUUCAGCUGUGAUCUCGAAGGCUGCCGCAUGAGGUUUCGAACAAGAAGGGAGCUGUCACUCCACAAGCAAAACCGGUGCACUUUAGAAGGGUGCGGUAAGCGCUUCAGUUCACACAAUUAUGCGGCACGCCACCAGUGUGUUCAUAUUGACGAUAGGCCUCUCAAGUGCCCCUGGAAAGGCUGCCGCAUGACCUUCAAGUGGGCAUGGGCCCGUACGGAGCAUGUGAGGGUGCACACGGGCGAACGUCCCUAUGAGUGUAAGGUUGCUGGGUGCGGGCUUACUUUUAGGUAUAUCUCCGAUUUUAGCCGCCACAGAAGGAAAACUGGGCAUUACGUGAGCGCAUCUGUGUGACUGUUUUCAGAGGAACUUUUGCUUUCUUCUGUUGAAGCUUUCUCUUAGGCAGGAGAGAUUUAACAUCUAACAAUCUAACUUUGUAGUUCUAGUGUUUCUCUUCGUCAAUGAUGGAGUUAAGUGUACACUGACUGGAAUGUAGAUUUGCCUAGACUGAUCUUUCAAUUGUCUGUACAUUACUCCAUUCUUUUGUUUCAUUCAAUGUUGCACUAAAUGGGAAGCUUAUUAAUUGGAUGUUGCCCCUCUAUUGAAGUGUUCCUUUUUACCUAAUUAUGUAAUUUUUAUUCUGGUGUUUGAACUAGCCGUAUGGCCUAUGGACUGAGAUCCUGCUGAGUUUAUUAUAUAUUGUUUGUCCA